AUGGCGUCUACUCAAACAUGCAGCCUACAGAUCACGAAGAGGAUGCUAGUUCGCAUCUUCACGCACCAUCAGGUACCCAUGCAGCAUAUGAAUUUACUGUUCUUGUUUGGCCGGGAAAACCGCAUGACCGGUGGCCGGUACGACUCCUUCUGGGGCCAGGUCGCUUUUGGCCAACCCAUGCCGGGACUUGAGGCACCAGAUCUGGGCAGAUCUGGCAAGCACUAUGAGAUCUCCUUCAACCUCAAGGGAAUUAGCUCCGAUAUCACAGACCCAAAAACAUUCACUCCAGAAUUCCCCCACAACGGGGCUAUCUGCAACGUUGCAAUCUACCAUAAGCUGGACAUUAUACACGGUACCUCGAUCUGGAUCAUCACCAAACCUGGAGGAGGUCUCAGUCGAUACACUGGAGCAGAGGCAUCAGGCUCCGGCGGCGAUGAUACCCGGAUGUUCACAACUCCGGCUGAAUGCUAUAUUUCGAGCCUUGAGGUCCACAUCACACUCGCACGCUGGGCCGGAGAGUCAUGGUGGGCAUAUUUCCAGGACUUGGAGACGCUUAUUGAAGACAGAACAGGUCCUGCUGUGCUGGCAGAUUCGAAAGAAACGUACACAGCCGCCGAUCUCAAACUUCUCCAGGCGUAUCUGGAGAAAGCGUCAGAGGCAGUCGCUGUUCUGCAUACAAAUUUGCGCAUCCUACAGCCACUGGUGAUGUUCUACAACAAACUGCUCGGCCAUAACCAAUUCUCCCUGGCACAAGACGUACGGCAAGCGACGGAGGACUUUACGUACCAGCUGCAGGAUAUAAAGUGCGAUUUUGAAGGCCAAGUGUCGAGAGGUAUGCAUCUCACGGCGUUCGUCAGGGCACGGAAAGAGCUUAUCCUAGAGCUGAUGCAAGCUCACACUUCUGAUCGCACAAUGCAGUUGUCGCAGACAAGUGUCAGAGAGUCGUUCUUCAUGCGCAUCGUGACAGUAGUGACAUUAUUAUACCUGCCGGCGACGUUCGUUUCGACAUUGUUUAGCAGGGAAAUCAUACGCUACGAAGAAAAUUCGGAUGAGAUGUCCUCGCGAUUUUCUUAUGCCGCCUUCUGGAGGUGGAUUCAAAUAGGUCUACCACUAACGACUUUCACCUUGGUAGCAACAAUAGUAGCAUUCCGGCGCUCGUUGCGCUCGCGGCGGGGUGGGCCACGAGGCUACCUCUCUUGA